CGUGGAGGGCGGAGGGUGGUGGCAGCGCUGGCGCUGGGGACCGGCUCGGUGGCUUCGGCAAACAGUUUGGCGCCGGCGGCCGCCUGCCUCACUCCGCAGCCCGCCCUCGACACGGCUCGCAGACUCCUCGCCGCCGGCAGCCCGCGAUGUGGCCCACCGUGCGGGUGUAGCAGCUGCGCGUGCGCGGAACCGCGGGGCCAUGAGCGAAGCCGGCGGCGGUCGGGGCUGUGGGUGCCGGGUCCCCCAGCGAGCGCCAUGGAGCCUGGUGGCAGCGACGGCCUCUCUCUGCCUGGUGUUGGCCACGUCCGUGUGCACGGCGAGGGCCGCGCCCAUGAGUAGGGAAGAGAAGCAGAAGCUUGGAAAUCAAGUCCUGGAAAUGUUUGAUCACGCUUAUGGCAACUAUAUGGAACAUGCUUACCCAGCCGAUGAACUCAUGCCUUUAACCUGUAGAGGCCGCGUCCGAGGCCAGGAGCCGAGCCGGGGUGAUGUAGAUGAUGCCUUGGGAAAGUUUUCCCUAACACUGAUCGAUUCUUUGGAUACUCUGGUGGUUUUAAACAAAACGAAGGAAUUUGAAGAUGCAGUGAGGAAAGUUUUAAGAGAUGUUAAUUUAGAUAAUGAUGUAGUUGUGUCGGUCUUUGAAACAAACAUCAGAGUCCUUGGGGGUCUUUUAGGUGGACAUUCCCUGGCGAUCAUGCUGAAAGAAAAAGGUGAAUACAUGCAGUGGUAUAAUGAUGAACUUCUCCAGAUGGCAAAGCAGCUGGGCUACAGACUCUUACCAGCUUUCAACACUACCAGUGGCCUUCCUUAUCCGCGAAUUAAUUUAAAGUUUGGCAUCAGAAAGCCAGAAGCCCGGACGGGAACUGAGACAGACACCUGUACAGCCUGUGCGGGGACCUUGAUUCUUGAGUUUGCUGCAUUGAGUCGGUUCACAGGAGCAACAAUAUUUGAGGAAUAUGCAAGGAAAGCUCUUGAUUUUCUGUGGGAAAAAAGACAACGAAGUAGCAAUUUAGUAGGCGUGACUAUCAAUAUUCACACUGGAGACUGGGUUCGUAAAGACAGUGGAGUUGGAGCAGGGAUUGAUUCAUAUUAUGAGUAUCUGUUGAAAGCCUAUGUCUUGCUUGGAGAUGACAGUUUUCUGGAAAGAUUUAAUACACACUAUGACGCCAUAAUGAGGUAUAUUAGCCAGCCGCCUCUCCUACUUGAUGUGCACAUUCAUAAACCAAUGCUGAAUGCUCGGACCUGGAUGGAUUCUCUGCUUGCCUUUUUUCCAGGUUUGCAGGUCUUAAAGGGUGAUAUUAGACCUGCUAUUGAAACUCAUGAAAUGUUAUACCAGGUGAUUAAAAAACACAAUUUUUUACCAGAGGCAUUUACUACAGAUUUCAGGGUCCAUUGGGCUCAGCAUCCUUUAAGGCCAGAGUUUGCAGAAAGUACCUACUUCUUAUAUAAAGCUACAGGAGACCCUUACUACCUUGAAGUAGGAAAAACACUUAUUGAAAAUUUGAAUAAAUAUGCUCGAGUGCCUUGUGGAUUUGCUGCCAUGAAGGAUGUUCGCACUGGGAGUCAUGAGGACAGAAUGGAUUCGUUUUUCUUGGCUGAGAUGUUUAAGUAUCUCUAUCUGUUAUUUGCUGAUAAGGAAGACAUUAUUUUUGACAUAGAAGAUUACAUCUUUACAACAGAAGCCCAUCUAUUACCCCUUUGGCUCUCAACCACGAAUCGCAGCAUCUCUAAGAAGAACACAACCUCAGAAUACACAGAACUGGAUGAUAGUAAUUUUGAUUGGACUUGUCCAAACACUCAGAUUCUUUUUCCUAAUGAUCCAUUGUAUGCUCAGAGCAUCCGCGAACCCUUGAAAAAUGUGGUGGAUAAGAGCUGUCCAAGAGGCAUCAUCAGAGUAGAGGAGAGUUUCAGAAGUGGAGCUAAACCUCCUCUGAGAGCCAGAGAUUUUAUGGCCACUAACCCUGAGCAUUUAGAAAUCCUGAAGAAGAUGGGGGUGAGUUUGAUUCACCUCAAAGAUGGGCGAGUCCAGCUGGUCCAACAUGCAAUCCAAGCUGCUAGUGCAAUCGAUGCUGAAGAUGGGCUGCGGUUCAUGCAGGAGAUGAUUGAACUGUCAAGUCAGCAGCAGAAAGAGCAGCAGCUACCUCCACGAGCUGUACAAAUUAUUUCCCACCCAUUUUUUGGCAGGGUAGUCUUAACUGCUGGACCAGCUCAGUUUGGGCUGGAUCUAUCUAAACAUAAAGAGACAAGAGGAUUUGUUGCAAGCAGUAAACCAUAUAACGGUUGUUCAGAGCUCACUAACCCUGAGGCAGUGAUGGGGAAAAUUGCCUUGAUACAAAGAGGACAGUGCAUGUUUGCAGAAAAGGCCCGCAACAUCCAGAAUGCUGGAGCUAUUGGAGGCAUCGUUAUUGAUGACAACGAGGGGAGCAGCAGUGACACGGCCCCUCUGUUCCAGAUGGCAGGUGACGGGAAGGACACGGACGACAUCAAGAUCCCCAUGCUCUUCCUGUUCAGCAAAGAAGGAAGCAUCAUCCUGGAUGCCAUCCGGGAGCACGAGGAGGUGGAGGUCCUCCUUUCUGACAAAGCAAGAGACCGAGCAGCAAUAUUAAAAGGUAAAAUGAUUCCAAGCUACAUUAUUAACAGUAACCCUGAAAUGGAAAGUGAAGACCAGCCAUCUUCUGAAAACGAUUCUCAGAGUCAGAGUGUGGAACAGACGCUGUCCCUUUCUCAAACAGUUGACUUGGUUGAUCAGGAGACCCCCGAAAACCCUCUAGAUUCUCACUCAGAGCCAUCGUCCCCAGCAGACACUGAAGAAACUGCUGGCUUAGCCCCUUCUGAACAGAUACCUAGUUCCACAGAAAACCUUGAGACUACAAGUCUUGAUGGUGAAUGUACAGAUUUAGAUAACCAGCCUAAAGAACAAUCAGAAACUGAGGAAGAUUCCAAUCCUAAUGUUAGCUGGGGUAAAAAGGUCCAGCCUAUAGACUCCAUAUUAGCAGACUGGAAUGAAGAUAUAGAAGCAUUUGAAAUGAUGGAGAAGGAUGAACUCUGACUUUCUGUAAAGACUCUGGUGGUAGAUAUUUAAGAAGUAAAUUGAGGUUUUCUACAUCCUAUCCAAGCAGGCGCUCCUGGGAGGCUCUGAGCAGUGCUCAGGCACGUUCUGACUGGGUAAGUAGUUCCCGUAGCAACCUGGAGCAUGCUGUGUUAGAGCUGACCUCACCGAAACUGUCCUAUCCAAAGAGGAAACUCACAACCCCUCAAAUGACGCUACUGCGUACCCUCAGCUCUCAGGCCAGGGAAAGAUGACUGGCCACUCUUGGGUAGCUGAUAGGAAGUGGGAACUGCAGUCAGUGCAGCUUCCUACCUGAAGGGAGCUUCACUGCCAUGGGUUCGGGGUGGGAAGCCCUUCUGAGAAGAUUUGAUUGAGUGUUGUGGUGUUCUGGUCUUGCUGCCGUCACAGGAACACUUUCAGUGACCCACGGCCUUUGAAGCAGAUGCAUUCAGGGUAACAGCUGUUUCUGCUCAUUGCUUUCAUCUGCUUCAUUCAGUGACGGUCAAGAUGACUUGAUUUCUUUCUUCUUUUCUCCCAACAAUGUCCUCGCAUAUAAGCCAAAGGUGACGCUAGUGUACUUUCUCCAGUGAGUUUUCCUAUAAAGACCUACUGUGGGGCCAGGAAGAGGGACAUAGAGAUACAGUGAAAACUGGUUGCUUGAUCCUUGGGGUAAGCAGAGAGAAAGAGAAACUAUAAUGUUGCAAUAUCAACUUCCCAUUGGGCCUGUAGGGGAAGCUAUGGCGACUCUAGUGGGAAGCAACAUUAGCUCCUUGGGGGUAGAUUAUAUGUCUUUUCCAGUUCAUUUCUCUUAAGGUGGUUACUCUAGCCAUCAGCCUUAGUCCAUCCCUUGUGAGCCAGAAGGCUCAUCCCAAGCCCCAGUCCAUUUUCCUAUCUUAUAGGGAGCCCUGAUAAGCAAUGGUAGUAGUCUGUAGUCUCGGGGUGAUCACCAUCUUUCUCCUUUGAAGCUGACUGAUUUCUGGCAUUACACCUAAGGAGUCUGUCACAUUUUCUGUUGAAUCAUGGAUUUAGGUUUGUUUAAUUUUGUUUUAGCAAAUACUCCUUCUGAUGUGGAUUUGAAAAUUAGCCUCUGGUGACCUGUGUAAAAAAACUAAAUAGCCAUAUAAGUAAAAGAAAGAGAUUUUUCUUUUUCUUUUUUUUUCUGUGGCAGUUUGGGCUGGCCACAUUUAAUUAUUUUCGGUUUUGCUUAUUGAUAGUUCUACAUUGAAAUCAUGGUUUUAUUCAUUUUAUUUAUUUUAAGCUUACUUUAAUACUUCUAAAAGAAUAUUUGAGAGACCUAAUUCCUUUUUACCAUGGCGUUACACAAUAACCUUUUUCUAAACCAUGGUUUUGAGGUACUGAAUAACUUAGACUAUAUAUAUGGAGCUGUUGAAGACAGCAGAGCUGUAUUGUAGUUAUGUAUAUUCAUGUACAGUAUGUCUUAGGUCCCAGGGAAACAUGCCCUUUUAUAAGGGGAUAAAUACCUGCUUUCAAAAAUUCCAGCUCAACCUAAUUGGGUCAGUGAGUAAUAAAUCUUAAAGAAUUCUCUGGGUCAUGGGGUAGUAUAACAAGUUCUUUAUUGGCUCUUAGUUAAACCUGACACCAAAAUGGGUAUUUUUAGUCUCUCUGCAUGUGAAGUUUGGUGCAAGAAGAUAGAACCAUAAUACAUAGCAUAUACAGAAGGGUAGAUGUGCUUUGUUUAUCAAGAAGAUAGAACCAUAAUACAUAGCGUAUACAGAAGGGUAGAUGUGCUUUGUUUAUCAAGAAGAUAGAACCAUAAUACAUAGCGUAUACAGAAGGGUAGAUGUGCUUUGUUUAUCUUAAUUGCAAAGCUGCCAAAAUAGCUGAAGCUUAACUACUUGAUUUAUGGGACUGGGGCUUGGAGAAAAGGAACAGAUGUUCCUCUGAUACUUUGAUUACAGAAGCCUUAUAUGUAUUGAUUUUGUAUUUGUAGUUCAAAGCCAUUGUUGUUUAAAUCUAACUCUUUCAAGUUAUCAAAGCAGCAUAAUUUUUUUUCCCUCAAGAACUUAAUGGCAUGAAGAAUCCAUACUAGAAAAGGCCAGCUUACUGCCACUUGCUGUUUUUUUGGCCACUAGGAGGCGCUGUUGCCCUUCAUUAAGGUUUAGAUGAGCCUAUUUGUUUUGAAAGUCAAAUCCUUUAAAGGAACACAUUUAAGACGUUUUGCUUACUGUCUAGAAGGAAUAAUACUCAGUUUGUCCCUACCUAAGAAAGGAGAUAUAUGUUCAGCUUCAGAACACAGCAUUCUAACUGAUUCCCCAUUCACUUUCUCAUUUGACAUACUGCCAUAAAGUAAUCUUUGAGUUCAUUAGAAAAUUUUAACAGCAUAGAUUCCUUUUUAAAUUUUUUUGUUGUUGUUUGUUAAAAACUUUUCAUAGAUAUUUUAUUUACUUGCUGAAGAUUCAGGGACUUCUGACCCUGAGUUUAGAAACAUCUGGUCUACCUCAGUUAAAUGUUGACUGCUUGGAACUAGAGCUGAAAUGAUCACCACAGCCAUAAACUUGUUUGACUAAGAAAGAUUUAUAUAAUGUUUACAAACCUGGAAUCAAGUGCGGAUCUUACCUGAAAGUUGAAAGUUACCUGUUAGAGCAAGUAUUUAAUUCAGGUAUUUUCAAGUUUUAAAACUUGUUUACCUAAUAAAAAUAGGUAUAGUUUUUUUUUUACCCUCACAUAAAAAGUCCAUUGAAAUUAUAUUCCCUAAUUUACAAUGCUUUCCCUCUAAAACUUAAGUGUGAAAGAACUGUAGUUUACUAGAUAUGUUUGGGGUGGAUUAUUUUGCUAAGUUUUCUUUUUUUUUCUUUUUAACCUAUGUAAUAAGCUUCCAAAAAGAGUAUAAUUGUUUCAGAACAAAUUAUUUUGUAAUUUUACUUUUCCUUUUUCUUUACAGUGCUAGAUAUUUUAAAAUGAAAAAUUAUGUACUCUCUGACUUUAAUUUCACUAAUGUAAUAAUUUUCUCGGAAUUCUUUUAGUUUUAAAUUAUCAUCAUAUAAACCUUUCUUAUAGCAAAACCAGCAUUUGUUCUCUCACCAGAUCCCCAUGCCAGAUUCAUCAUAAAGAAAGCUCAGCCUAAGUAAUUGAAAUAGUGCUUAUAAUUUUAGAGGGGUGGGUAGCAUUUAGUAAAUAUUCCAACUGGUCGUUUUAUGCACAAGGCUACAGUCAGAACAUAGAAAAAAACAUUCUGUGAAUGAAACAUUGUAUGUUCAGAUUUUAUAAAAGACAUUUUUAAAAGCCCAAUUUACAGCCGUAUAUUUUCUUAUGAUGUAAUUUAUGAAAAAGCUGUCUGUACUAACAGGUGCUGUAACACUACUGUUGUUGGGUUUUAUUGUUUGGUGAUAAAUGUAUACAAUAUUUCUAAUGGAAACUAUGUACUGUGAUGUAAAAGUCUGGGCAAAUGUAUAUAAUCCUUGUACAUAAUUGUGUAUUUGAUUAUAUUACUGAUUGUAAAUUUAAUAAAACAUGUAAAUAUGCUGGUCUAGUUUUAAAUUCUGAAUUUUUAAAAUCAUUGUGCAAAUAUCUAGAAUUUGGUAUCUGUUUUCUUUUUGUUUCUCUUUACCACAGGGCAGUGAAUUUGGGGUCAUUUUGGAAUAUAGAAACCCAGGCAAACAUCAGUUCUAAAACUCAUAGUGCCUAGUCAAAUUAGAAUUCAAAAUAAAUACUAAUAA